AUGGCGCCUUUCCCCUUUUGCCCCCCCCUUUUUUUCCGUCCUUCCUUCUGUUGCGGGGGAGAGGCAGUCAUCGGGGCCUCGCAAUGUGUGCUCUACCUUUCCAGUGGCACCAGGCUCUUUGCGCGCCUGCCCACUGCUGUGAGCCCCGUGAAGGACGAGCUUUGGUCAGCACUUCGACGGGCCAAGGUACAGAUUGUGGCAGAACAUGCCGGCGGAGUUCCGCAGAUCGUUGUCAGCGGCAUGUUCCUGCUGGUUUACCUCACCAUGGUCUACACCAUGAUGCGCCGAAUGACGGGCGGGCGAGGGAAGGGCUGGGGGGAUGCUCGGAAGAAGGUCAUGCAGGCCCAGGAAGCUUCUGGGCCUAACGCCUUGGUCACGCGUUUCGACGACAUUGCGGGCAUUGACCGCUCGAAGCUCGAGGUUCAGGAAGUGGUUGAAAUGCUGCGGUCUCCCGGGAGGUAUGCCGCUUUGGGCGCUAGUGUCCCAAGGGGAGUGCUGCUAGCUGGUCCGCCGGGUUCGGGGAAAACGCUCCUGGCCCGUGCCACUGCCGCCGAGGCCGGUGUACCCUUCCUCAACGCUGCAGCCACCGAGUUCGUUGAGCUCUUUGUGGGCCGCGGGGCCGCCCGGGUGCGCCAGCUCUUCGAGCGGGCUCGGAAGAUGGCGCCGUGCAUUGUCUUUAUCGACGAGAUCGAUGCGCUGCGAGCGCGGUCCAGCAGCUUGAUGGGAAUGGCCGGUGGCAAUCAGGAGGCCGAGUCCACACUGAACCAGCUUCUGACUUGCAUGGACGGCCUGGCCACUCGCGAGCCUGGCCGCCCGGUGGUCGUCAUCGCGGCCACCAACAGGCCCGAGGUUCUUGAUGAGGCCUUGCUGCGCCCGGGACGCUUCGAUCGGGUCGUCCAGGUGCCGCUUCCAAAUGCAGCUGGACGACUGGAAAUACUGAAAGUCCACCUUCGCUUGCGUGCUGUUCCUGUGGCCCCGGAGGUCACCUCGCAACAGCUGGGCGAGAUCGCCGAGAAGUGUGAUGGCUUUCCAGGUGCUGCUUUGGAAGCCAUUGUGAACGAGGCCGCCAUCCGUGCUGCCCGUCGCAAUUCAUCGACGGUCAACAUGGUCGAUUUUGAAGCGGCUGUAUCUGAGUUCAACCAAUCUCGAGAGAAGACUAGGAUUCCGGACUUCCCCUGGAAGAUGUAG